CGGGGCGCAGGUUCCGGGCCGCUUCCCGGGAAAGUUGGGCCCGCUGGGCGGGGAGCUGAACUGCCGGGCGCGCCAAAGGGUGACGCGGGCGCUGCCACUGGCCUUCAGGGACCAGUUCCGGGGACUUUGCUGGCGGGCUUGUGGGGACAUGCCCGGCUCGGCCUUUAAUGGGCAGAGAGGCUGGUCACCCAGAGCGGAGUUAGAGCGGGUGCCCUGCCGCUAAGUGCAGUCAAUGCUGGGUGUGGACCCCGAGCUUAGCACAGAGGGAGUUUCUGAAUGUAAAUGGGACCCGGUUCCUGACGUCAGAGGCGAGCGGUCUGUCGAGGGAGCUUCCGCUAUCUAAAGGACCAUGGAUCUGCCUGUGGAUGAGUGGAAAUCGUACAUACUUCAGAAGUGGUCUUUGCUCCCAAAAUCCAUUCGGGACACAAUUUGUUCAGCAGAGACUUCGAGCGAUAUCUUUCUUCACUCCUCUUCGCUUCUUCAACCAGAGGAUGAGGUGUUUCUAAAAGAGCUUUCUAGAGGUUACCUGGUGGGCAAGGACCCCGAUGCUCCCCUUUUCUACAGAGAAGAAGGAAACAAAAAAUUUCAGGAGAAGGAUUAUGUGGGAGCCACAGUGCUGUACACUAAGGGAGUAUCGCAUUCAAGGCCAAACACUGAGGACAUUUCAUUGUGUUAUGCCAAUCGCUCUGCAGCCCUCUUCCGCCUGGGCCAGUAUGAAGCAUGUCUUAAAGACAUCAGCAGAGCACAGAUGCAUGGGUCUCCAGAAAGAUUGCAACUCAAGAUGAUGUUACGUAAGGCAGAGUGUCUGGUGACUCUGGGGAGACUACAGGAGGCAAGCCAGAUCAUCCGUGAUCUGGAAAGUAAUUUCACUGACCGACAAACCCUAGCAGCUUCCCAGUUCCAAAUUCUGCAGAGUACCCUCUGUCGUCUAAAAUCGAAGGUACAGGAAAAGGAGACCCCCACGGGAACCUUGCCAGCAGCUCUAACCACCGACUUUGAGGAUAUGAACCUAAGGGAAGAGAAUGAACGGAUUUCCUGUGCAUCCUCAUCUAUCACUUUAUGCACAGACCCUUCAAAAGGCCGCAGUCUGAUCGCCACAAGGGAUAUUCUCCCCGGAGAGCUCCUGGUGAAAGAGGAUGCUUUCGUGAGUGUCCUCAACCCAGGAGAAAUGCCACCGCUCCGUGCCAGCCUGGAGAGCAAGUGGGAUACCAGAGUCACCAAUGGGGACCUGUACUGUCACCGGUGUUUGAAGCACACUCUGGCCCCGGUUCCCUGUGACGGAUGCAGCUAUGCCAAGUACUGCAGCCAAGAGUGUAUGCAGCAGGCCUGGGGUCUCUACCAUAGGGUAGAGUGUCCUCUAGGCGGGCUGCUUCUCACACUGGGGGUCUUUUGCCACGUUGCCCUGAGGGCAACCCUCUUAGCUAGACGUGAGGAUGUUGGCAAAGUCACAAGGACGCUUUGUGAUGAGAUCAGUAACUGGGACAUUCGUUCACCUGAAAGCAAGAAUCUGGUGCGAACCCUCGGUCACGACCUGGGAGGGGAGAGGGAGAAAAAUGGCGAGACAGUUGAGCCCCCAAUUCCCGGAUGUGAUAGUAACGGGAAGUAUGAAAGCAAUUAUAAUGCUGUCUUGCACCUUUUGCCCCACACUCAAAAUCAUGGCCCAGAGCACAAAUUCCUCUGCGCUCUCAGCGUUGCUGCCCUGUGCAGGCAGCUGGAAGCAGCCACUUUGCAGACCCGCACAACAAGUCUGAAAUCCUCUCAGCCCGAAGCUGUCGUGGUUCCUGCGACGAGUCAAGAGCUGUUUAGUUGGGGAGUUGCCAUGCUGAGACACAUGUUACAGCUACAGUGUAAUGCCCAGGCAAUAACUACCCUACAGCAGACAGGAUCCAAAGAGAGCAUCGUUACCGACAGCAGGCAGGUCCGCCUGGCCACCGGCAUCUUCCCCGUGGUCAGCCUCCUGAACCAUUCCUGCAGCCCCAACACCAGCGUGUCCUUCGUGGGCACGGCGGCCAGCGCCCGGGCCUCGCGGCGGAUCGGGAAAGGGCAGGAGGUCCUCCACUGCUACGGGCCUCACGAGAGCAGGAUGGGUGUCGCUGAGAGGCAGCAGAAGCUGAAGGCACAGUAUUUCUUUGACUGCAGCUGCUCGGCUUGUCAGGAGGGGACGCGCAGAGCCGCGGGGCCCAGGUGGGAAGCAUUCCGCUGUCCCCGCUGCGGAGAGCUCAUGCAGGGAGGAGAUGUGCUGAGCUGUGGCAGCGCCUCCUGUACGGAAUCGGCCAGCCGGGACCACCUAGUGUCUCGGGUCCAGGACCUUCAGCAGCAGGUUGGGAAAGCCCAGAAGCUUCUCCGGAAUGGCAAACGAGAGCGAGCCAUUCAGCUGCUGUUGGGGUGCCAGCAUGAUGCUGAGAGCUUCCUGUCCGCAGAACACAGCCUGGUGGGAGAAAUCCAGGAUGUGCUGGCCCAGGCCUAUGCUGAGUUAGAGGACUGGCAGAAGUCCGCCACCCACCUUCAGAAGAGCCUCCGAGGGGUCGAGGCUCGCCACGGGCCAUCCAGUGUCGAAAUGGGCCAUGAGCUCUUCAAACUGGCCCAGAUCUUUUUCAAUGGGUUCGCCGUACCCGAAGCUCUGAACACGAUACAAAAGGCAGAAAAGGUUCUUCUGGUGCACUAUGGCCCGUGGAAUGACGAGAUCCAGCAGCUACAAGAGAUGAAGUCCUGUUUAUUGGACUUGCCGCCCGCACCUGAGGGGCCUUUCGUGUAGGGUCCCAAGGGGACCUUGACCCACAGGAAAGGAGCCAUGGGUGAGCCAAAGAGGUCCUGUUGCCACUGAGCUGGCGCCGGGGAACGCAGGACCUGCCUGACUGCUGCCAGCCUCGGGCGGGAGGCCUGGGAGGACUUGGAAAGCAUUGCAGUGGGAGGGAUGCUUCUUGAAAUUGUUAACUGCCCUUCAGUAGAAACUCCCAGUUCCCAUAAAAGACUUAAAACCAGUAUCUGGAGAGCCUAAGCCCUUUAUAAGGAUUUUAGCUGAUCCGCAGGCAUCUGGAUGUCGGCCUGGGGUUUUGGCGGGGCGCCACGUCCCUAAAUGAUAGUAGUCUGUUUCCCUGAGACAUUCCUAUGGUUUCUAGUCGUCAUGAAUGAUGUAUACCGCUCCGGUGGGAACUUACACUCUCAGUCGUUGUAUUAUAAUUGAAAAAUAAUUACAAAGCAAGAGAUCAGGGAGGCUCCUUAUCUCUAGAGACAGUCUCCUGCAUGGUCUCUGGCUUCCUCAAGUCCUUUGUUAAAACGGGUGGAGUGUAAAUUAGGAAAAGAAAAAGAAAUAUGGAGCUGUUUUGUGGUCGGGAAAUCUCUCCCCAGGAUGGCAAUUCUAAAUUUGUUUCCUACCCGUUUUCUAGGCCUUAUUGCCUGGCUUUCAUUCUGGGGAGACUCGCUGUCCAAAUACUAAUAAAAUCAGGCUUGUAGCAAUGACUUUGUAUCA